AGCGGAGAUGGAGGUGGGAGGGGCCUGGCAUGGCUGACGUCAGCGGCUGUGUGGAGGAGUAUAGGCUGUGCUGUCAGCCCAGUGUCAGUCUGAUGAAGAUUGGCAUGCAGGCUGUGUUUGGAGAGUUGGAUACUGGGCCACAGAGCAGAGAACAACACUGAAAGCUGCUGCGUUGCUGUGGGCAAGCCAACUUCCAGAUGUGCAGCUAACCCAUGAUGCAACAUGUGUCCCCAGCACCUGCAGUGACAAUGAUGGCCACCCAGAGCGUUCCUCCACCAUCGUACCAGGAGAGCCAACAGAUGACGGGCACCACUCAGCAGAACACCAAGACCCCACAGGUCCAUAUCCCAGCAGCCUCUGCAGCAGGAAAUACCUCUGUCAGUGUGACCCUUGACCCCCAGGCCCAGCUUGAGUCCGACAAGAGGGCCGUUUACAGACAUCCGUUGUUCCCUCUGCUGGCGCUGUUGUUUGAGAAAUGUGAGCAGGCCACGCAGGGAUCUGAAUGCAUCACAUCAGCCAGCUUUGAUGUGGACAUUGAAAACUUUGUGCAUCAGCAGGAGCGAGAACACAAGCCCUUCUUCAGUGAAGAUCCAGAGCUGGACAACUUGAUGGUGAAGGCCAUUCAGGUGUUGCGAAUCCACCUAUUAGAGUUGGAGAAGGUCAAUGAGCUCUGUAAAGAUUUCUGCAACCGUUACAUCACCUGCCUCAAGACCAAGAUGCAUAGUGACAACCUCCUCCGUAAUGACCUCGGAGGACCUUACUCUCCGUCACAUACCAGUCUCAACAUGCAGCAGGAACUAAUUCAGACCUCCUCUCCAUCCAUGACCUCUGUCUCCAGCUCUGUUAACCCUUCAGGGAUAUUGGUGCCUGCCGGGGGUCUGCAACAGAGCAAUGUCACCAUGACUACCAUCAACUCUCAAGUGGUAUCGGGUGGGACCCUGUACCAGCCGGUUGCCAUGGUGACAUCGCAAGGGCAAGUGUUAACGCAGGCGCUGCCGCCGGGAACCAUUCAGAUCCAGAACUCCCAGGUGAACGUGGACCUGUCGUCCCUGUUGGACAGUGAAGACAAAAAGUCCAAGAAUAAGAGGGGGGUCCUGCCCAAACAUGCCACCAACAUCAUGCGCUCCUGGCUCUUUCAGCAUCUCAUGCACCCGUACCCAACAGAAGACGAGAAAAGGCAGAUUGCAGCACAAACAAAUCUAACCCUUUUGCAAGUCAACAACUGGUUCAUCAACGCCCGCCGGCGUAUCCUCCAGCCCAUGUUGGAUGCCAGUAACCCGGACCCAGCUCCUAAAGCCAAGAAGAUGAAGUCCCAGCACCGUCCGACGCAGCGCUUCUGGCCAGACUCCAUCGUGGCGGGAGUUCUGCAGACGCACAGAUCAGGAAACAACUCAGACAACCCGCUGAGCAUGGACAGCCUCCAGUCCCUGUCCUCAGACUCGGCCACCCUGGCCAUGCAGCAAGCCAUGCUGGGAGCCGACGACUCCAUGGACGGCAGCGAGGACGAGGACGAGGAGGAAGAGGAGGAGGAAGAGGAGGAAGGAAUGGAAGAGGAAGAGGAGGACGAGGAGGACGGAGAGGAGGAAAAUGAGACGGGGAGACAGAUGGCCAGCGGAGGAGGAGGAGGAGGAGGAGGAGGAGGAAGGAGAGAUCUGCGCAUGGAGCACCGAGAGGAACUGGAGUAGGCCACUACAGGAAGAGACUGUAUGAACUUUGACCUGAGCUGUCCCCAAAACACGCCUCAUUCAAACUCAACUCGGACAGCUCUGAUGAGAGGCGACUCUGGAGAGCACGCGUGGCAUAUUAGGUUUUCUCCAAAUUCAUCAGAGACUCUAAUGCAGAGCCACCAUGGAGUGUAACGAUGAAUAUGUGUUGUUUCAUUUUUACUAUUGUAUGUUCUCAUGCAGUGAGCUCUUGAACUAUUUGGAUAGUAGCACAUUUUUUUACUCUAUAGCUCCUGUUUUUGUAUGAACAGAAAUGGCACAAAGGCUGGAAAGAUUUUACUGCCAGUUUAAAAGAAGACAUUUGAACCACUUUACAGUAACAGUUGAAGGAGUCUGAUACUUUCAGAAAGCCAUGACAUUUUUAAGGCUGUUGAACGAGAAAACAGGAGAACGAUGAGUCUUGAGCAGUUGCACAUGCACAUCAACAAACUGAAGGAAAAAAAAAAUAUAUUUACACAGUGAGAUUUUUUUGACUGUACGUGAAAAACAACUACGCAAAUUGAAUGUAAUCUUGGCACCAUGAAAUGAGUUACAAAAAGCAGCUUUUGAAAAAGUACUCUCAAUUUUCCAACUGACCGUCUGCAUGUUAACUUUGCAGUCCUUGUGUCAUUUUGCUUCCUAAAAUAAGAGCGAGGAGCUAAAAGAAAGCUGAAAUGCUGUCCAAAUAUCUGCAGAAGUGACUAUAUGCGUUGGGCUUCCACUGCUGGGACAUCAUUCACGCCUUUUAAAAUGACUCAUAGGUUCUCAGGUCGAACUACACUCAUUCGGCGUGUUUCGUCCUCAUGAGCGAAACCCUUGACUCAUUGCUGCAGCAAACCUUUUAGAGCAUGACUUUAAAACAAUGUUAGUUCAUUUUUUUUUUUGUUCAUUUUUCUUCUCCCACGAGCAAAGAAAAACGUAGUGAACCCGUGUAUGCUGACUGCACAUAUAGGUAUGUAUAUCAGAUUUUUCAUAUGUUUGCAUUCUGGUAUUGAAGGGGUUUGCAUAUUUAUUCUAUUUUCUGUUUUUUGCGUGGCCUCAGAGUGUAGCUCAAGGAACAACAUGACGAUGACAGUUGCUUCUGCAUAUACUGUAACCAGGGUGCGAUUUGU